AUGGAGCCCGCUGCCGCGGCGCAGCGCCUCCCCGAGCCCGGCCGGGAGGACCGAGUCCCAGCUCCGGCGGCCCUAGCGGCGGCGGCCGGGGCCGGCGGCGCCAACUCGUUGCUGCUGAGGCGAGGGAGGCUCAAGCGGAAUCUGUCGGUGGCCGCCGCCGCCUCGUCGUCGUCGUCGUCGUCGUCCGCCUCGCGCUCGCCCAGCACCGCCGGCCUGGCUGCCUCCUGCUCAGCCGCGGCGUCGCUGUGUACACGCAGCCUGGACAGGAAGACGCUUCUUCUGAAGCACCGGCAGGCGCUGCAGCUGCAGCCGUCGGACCGCGACUGGGUGAGGCAGCAGCUGCGGCGGGGCUGCGUGCACGUCUCUGAUCGCCACCUGGCCGCUGCCGGCCUGCGCCCCGUGCUCUGCACGCUAGACACUACGGCCGCCGAGCUGGCCGCACGCCUGCUCCAGCCGGCCCCCAAGGGCGGUGGCGUGCUUAAGGUGCUGGGCCGGGGCCCCUCCGCCCCGGCGCCCGAGCCGCCGCGCACGCCCCCUGGCCGCCGACCGCCGCUGCCGCCCGGGGGCGCCCUGGACGGCGCGGGCGCGGCCUCCGACCCUGAGAGCUUCAGCCCGAGCCCCAGCGCCGAAAGCGCGUCUGACCGCAUGGAUCCUUCCAGUGGUGGCGGCUCGUCGUCGUCCGAGGAGCUGGAGGCCGAACCCGGCCCGCAUCGCCACCGCGCCGCGCCCUCGGGGCCCGAGCCGCGCGCCCCGGCCGCCUCCCCGACGGCCCCGAGAGGCGGCGACGGGCCUCGGGAGGACCCGGCGGCUGCGGCGAAGGCGAGCCCAGCGCCCACCCUGUACGUGCAGCUGCACGGAGAGACCACCCGGCGGCUGGAGGCGGAUGAGAAGCCACUUCAGAUCCAAAACGACUACCUCUUCCAGCUGGGCUUCGGGGAGCUGUGGAGGGUGCAGGAGGAAGGCAUGGACGCCGAGGUUGGCUGCCUGGUCCGCUUCUAUGCAGGAAAACCUCACAGUACUGGUAGCUGGGAACGGAUUCAACUCUCAGGAAUGUAUAAUGUCCGGAAAGGCAAAAUGCAGUUGCCAGUGAACCGAUGGACAAGACGCCAAGUCAUCCUGUGUGGGACCUGCCUGAUAGUGUCAUCUGUGAAAGACAGCGUGACUGGAAAAAUGCACGUUCUGCCACUAAUCGGUGGAAAAGUAGAAGAAGUGAAAAAGCACCAGCACUGUUUAGCAUUCAGCUCCUCUGGACCCCAAAGCCAGACUUACUACAUUUGUUUUGAUACUUUCACCGAGUACUUACGGUGGCUUCGACAAGUCUCCAAGGUUGCAUCACAGCGCAUUAGCUCAGUGGACCUCUCGUGCUGUAACUUGGAGCAUCUGCCUGCCAAUCUCUUCUACAGCCAAGACCUCACUCAUCUCAACUUAAAACAAAACUUCCUAAGGCACAGCCCUCGCCUGCCAGCUGCCAGAGGGCUUCAUGACCUGCAAAGGUUCACCAAGUUGAAGAGUCUUAACCUUUCCAGUAAUCAUUUAGGAGAUUUCCCAUUAGCGGUGUGCAGUAUUCCGACCCUGACAGAGCUGAAUGUGUCCUGCAACGGCCUGCGUACACUUCCCGCUGCCGUCGGAGUCAUGCUCAAUUUGCAGACAUUUUUGUUGGAUGGAAAUUUUCUUCAGUCUCUACCUCCUGAGUUGGAGAGCAUGCACCAGCUUAGUUACCUGGGUCUUUCUUUUAAUGAAUUCACGGACAUUCCAGAAGUCUUGGAGAAAUUGACGGCUGUGGAGAAACUUUGCAUGUCUGGAAACUGCUUGGAGACUCUGAGGCUACAGGCUUUAAGACCAAUGCCUCACAUUAAGCAUGUGGAUCUAAGACUGAACGUAAUCAAGAAGUUAAUAGCCGAUGAAGUAGACUUUCUCCAGCAUGUCACUCAGCUUGACCUGCGUGACAAUAAGCUAGCUGAUCUAGAUGCUACGAUCUUCAACAACAUUGAAGUUUUGCACUGUGAAAGGAAUCAACUGGUGACACUGAACAUCUGUGGCUGUUUCCUAAAAGCUCUCUAUGCCUCUUCUAAUGAACUUGUUCAACUUGAUGUUUACCCAGUUCCAAAUUAUUUGUCCUACAUGGAUAUUUCAAGGAACCGCCUAGAGACCGUGCCUGAGUGGGUGUGUGAAAGCAGAAAGCUGGACGUUUUGGAUGUUGGCCACAAUCAAAUAUGUGAGCUGCCUGCACGACUGUUCUGUAACAGUAGUCUCCGGAAACUACUGGCAGGCCAUAACCAGCUCACGCGGCUCCCUGAACGCCUAGAAAGAACCUCGGUGGAAGUGUUGGAUGUACAGCACAACCAGCUCCUUGAACUGCCGCCCAACCUCUUGAUGAAGGCCAACAGCCUGAGAUUCCUGAAUGCAUCCGCGAACAAACUGGAAACUCUUCCCCCAGCCACGCUUUCCGAGGAGACGAGCAGCAUCUUACAAGAGCUGUAUCUUACCAACAACAACCUCACGGAUAAGUGUGUGCCCUUGUUAACAGGGCAUCCCCAUCUGAAGAUCCUCCACAUGGCCUAUAACCGACUUCAGAGUUUCCCAGCAAGUAAAAUGGCAAAAUUGGAAGAACUUGAGGAAGUUGACAUCAGUGGGAACAAACUGAAAGCCAUCCCAACCACCAUCAUGAACUGCAGGCGAAUGCAUACAGUAAUCGCUCACUCCAAUUGCAUUGAAGUCUUUCCUGAAGUCAUGCAGCUCCCAGAAAUCAAGUGCGUGGACCUGAGCUGUAAUGAGCUCAGUGAAGUCACUUUACCAGAAAGCCUGCCUCCAAAGCUGCAAGAACUGGACCUGACUGGAAACCCCCGACUCGCCCUCGAUCACAAAACCCUGGAAUUGCUGAACAACAUUCGCUGUUUCAAGAUUGACCAGCCCUCCGCAGGAGAUGCGUCAGGAGCCCCAGCAGUGUGGAGUCACGGCUACACCGAAGCUUCUGGAGUGAAAAAUAAGUUGUGUGUUGCAGCUCUGUCGGUGAACAACUUCUGUGACAACCGGGAAGCCCUGUACGGUGUGUUUGAUGGAGACCGAAACGUGGAGGUGCCCUAUCUUCUCCAGUGCACCAUGAGUGACAUCCUGACAGAAGAGCUGCAGAAAACGAAGCACGAAGAAGACUACAUGGUCAACACGUUCAUUGUUAUGCAGAGGAAACUUGGAACUGCCGGGCAGAAACUUGGAGGUGCGGCUGUCCUUUGUCACAUCAAGCAUGACCCGGUGGAUCCUGGAGGGUCCUUCACCUUGACCUCCGCUAACGUGGGCAAGUGCCAGGCAGUCCUGUGUCGGCAUGGGAAACCGUUGCCUUUGUCCAGGUGGUAUGUCAUGAGCUGUGAGGAGGAGCUGAGGAGAAUCAGGCAGCACAAGGCCAUCGUCACGGAGGACGGCAAGGUGAAUGGAGUCACCGAGUCCACCCGCAUCCUGGGCUACACCUUCCUCCACCCCAGUGUGAUGCCACGCCCCUACGUGCAGUCGGUGACGUUGACGCCCCAGGACGAGUUCUUCAUCCUCGGCAGUAAAGGACUGUGGGACAGCCUGUCCGUGGACGAGGCAGUGGAGGCGGUGAGGAACGUGCCUGACGCCCUGGCCGCCGCCAAGAAGCUGUGCACACUGGCCCAGAGCUAUGGCUGCCACGACAGCAUCAGUGCUGUGGUGGUGCAGCUUAACGUCACCGAGGACAGCUUCUGCUGCUGCGAGCUGGGGACCGGCGGGACCGUGCCACCACCCAGCCCAGGCCUCUUCCCCCCGUCGGUCAGCAUGGUCAUCAAGGAGCGACCGUCCGAUGUGCUGGGCGUGCCCUCAUCCAGCAGCGGCAUGGCUUCUGAGAUCAGCAGUGAGAUCUCCACGUCUGAGAUGAGCAGCGAGGUGGGCUCCACCGCCUCGGACGAGCCCGCCUCCGGAACCCUGAACGAGAGCAGCUCCGCCUACCCGAGCGAGCCCCGCUGCAUGCUCCACCCCGUCUGCCUCUCCCACUCCUUCCAGCGCCAGCUGUCCAGCGCUACCUUCUCCAGCGCCUUCUCGGACAACGGGCUGGACAGUGACGACGAAGAGCCCAUUGAGGGCGUCUUCAGCAAUGGCAGCCGGGUGGAGGUGGAGGUGGACAUUCACUGCGGCCGGGCCAAGGACAAGGAGAGGCCGCAGGGCCUGCUGCAGGUGCCGGCCGAGGCCAGCGAUGAGGGCAUUGUCAUCAGCGCCAACGAGGAUGAGCCAGGGCUGCCCCGGAAGGCGGACUUUUCUGGGGUGGGGACCAUAGGUCGUCGGAGGGCUAAUGGCUCAGUGGCACCCCAGGAAAGGAGCCACAACGUGAUAGAGGUGGCCACGGACGCUCCACUCCGAAAGCCUGGCGGCUACUUUGCUGCCCCAGCUCAGCCGGAUCCCGAUGACCAGUUCAUCAUCCCCCCGGAGCUGGAAGAGGAAGUCAAGGAGCUCAUGAAGCAACACCAAGAGCAGCAGCUGCCCCCGCCGCCCCCACCUCCGCAGCGGCAGUACCCGCUGGACCAGCUGCCGGACUAUUACGACACGCCGCUAUGA